AUGGAUGACAACUAUAUAAAUUUAAACUUUAAUACGUUGGAUGAUUUAAACAAUAUACCCGGGAAACUAGAAGAAUUGAAUGAUCUACAAUUGCAACUUAAAGAUAUCGCAGAAUCAAAAACUAGUGGUAAAAAGGACUCUGUUUCGGGUUCAAUUACCAAAGUCAACAAAGAAAAGUUGGAAAACGCAAUUCAAAAUCUAACAUUAGAUAUCAGUAAAUUUGAUUUUGUUGGUGAAAAUGAUUGUUUAAUGGAAUGUGACGAUUUGCUUGAAAAAUACGGGCAAUUACCAGUUUUGUUAGAGUUAAAAACACUCUUACAGACAAGACACAAUGUGUCAACGACAAUCAACAGACUAAAGAAACUCCAAACAAUUGAUGCAAAAUUGGAUAUGAGUUUAAGUUUAACCGAAUUGAAGAAUAUUUAUGAGGAGAUCAACAGUUUAAACGAAAAAGACAAUUUACUCGAAAAGUUUAACAGUAAAUUCAACAACAAGAGAGAUGAAUUGAUGAAACAAUUUCAGGAAACUUUAAAAGAAAACAAAUGGUUAAACAACUCAAGUAUUCCUAACCAAGCAUUAACAUUAAUUUCCAAACAAUUCAACGAGCUAAUUUGUUUGCAAUCAAUCGUACUGAUACCUGCUUAUCCAGAAACUUGGUGGGGGUUAGAUUUACUAUUGGAGCCAAUUAUUACAAGAUUCAAUUACCAUUUCAAUAGUGUAAACAAAGAAACCAACAAACUCUCAAAACCUGAAUGGGCGCUAGAUUUCCUUGAGAAUUUUUUACAUGAUAAUUUAGGUUUGUUAAGUAUAAUUGUUGACGACACAUUCAAACCCUUAAAUAGAAUAGGCACUUAUGAAGUGAUAACCUGUUUGUUAGUCCCAUUGAGAAGUAAAGUUGAAAACAUGAUUGACUUGAUUAACAAGAGAGUCACUGAUAAUGAUGACACCGUAUCACUUGAAAAGAAUGGUAGGAUCUUGUCCCAUUUGGUUUUCGAAUUGUCUUCUUUUGACCAGAGGAUUAAAGCAAAAUACAAAUACAAUCCAUUCAUAAUAGAUUUUGAAACUGUCCCAGAAAACAAGUGGCUAGGAAUCACAAGUGAUAUAUUGUUGAAUGAUCUGAAUCAUGCUGCUAAAAAGUGGUUAGAAUUUGAAAACAGAUUGGCAUUGAGAAGGUUUGACAACGAGAUUAUUAACGCAUCAGACGCAUUUUCAAUUGACCACGAUUACCAAGGUCUUAAUCAUGACAAAGAAAUUAACUUGCAUAUUUUGAGGCCAACAUAUUCUGCAUAUGGUUUAGUGAAAUUGAUAAGCAACUUGAAUUCGCAUUUCCAAACAUUAAAUAUAGUCAAAUACCAGUUACAGUUUGUGUCACGAAUUCAAUUGGGGUUGAUAGACAAAUACUAUGACAUUAUCAAGAAACAUUACAAAGAGUACAAUAACAAGUACAGUUUUAAAAAUGCAUUGAAUAUGAUUCCCGGAGCCAUGGUUGAUGAAAGUAUUAACAAAAACAAACCUGGAAAUGACAGUACUAUUAAUGAACACACCAAAAACGGUAUCACUUUGUUAACUGAAAUUUUUUGUUCUGCCAAGUACAUAAGUGAUGCAUUAGAGAAUUGGAGUAAUGAAUUGGUUUUCAUUCAAUUAUGGUCUACAUAUACAGGGUUAUCAGCAGAAUUAUCUGAGGAUAAAAGUAUAUUUGAUUCUGCAUUGAAGCAAUAUGAUGAUUUGGUAAAUAAAAUUUUCAAAAGUUAUGAAGAGCUUUUUAAAAGUGAAAUAAAACAAUUGUUGAAAAAAUAUGUCAAUCUAAGUGAAUGGGACUCGCCAAGUACUGCUACACGGUCGGACAAGAAUAGCGAACUUGAGCCAUCGGCAUAUCUAACACCCUUGAUCACCUUAUUGCCACAGUAUUUGGACAUUAUAUCUAGAAGCGUAUCACAAUUGGAUUAUUUUAUAAUCAGCGAUAAUGCAGUUUCAUCUUUGUGUCAGAUAUUGUUUGAAUAUGUUUUAACAAAUAACGAGUUUAACCGAAAUGGGAUCGAUCAAAUGCUUGUUGAUUUUGAAUACAUUGUUAAAUUUUUGCAGUACUCGUUGAAUUUGAAUACACUGGAUACUUACAGUGAAGCUUAUGAGUAUUCAAAUGAUACUAAUUCCGAUUAUGUCAAGAUUGUACAAGCAAUUGAUUUGCUAGAUUCAGUUGAUCCUGAUAUGAUAACCAAUUUCAAACAAGAAACACUGGACAAAAAUAGUGCCCAACUUAAUGAAUUUGUCACAAAAUUAAGAUUGAAAUAUCAACACGAACUUAAAGAAUUGACUAAUUACGAUAUACAGAAUUUAUUAAGUAGAGUAAUGUAUUGA